AUGCAAAGGCCUGUGGCUGUUUCAGCUACACCUCGCGGUGGAUUCCCAACUGACAGCAGCGACUCUGUUGUGACUUUAGAUCAAGUUCCGCGGUGGAAUGAUGCUGAUCAGUCGUUAGGAUAUGAAAAUGGAGAGGCUCCGUUUUCGAAUUCUUACUUUCCUGAUCCUUUAGCAUCAACGUCUGGAGCAGAUGGUGCUUCGUCUGUAUCGAGAUUUCCGGUUGAUCAUGAAAUUAAUUCGAGGAUUUAUUUGUGGAGGGGGAAUCCCUGGAAUCUUGAGGUCGAUGCUGUUGUAAACUCGACUAAUGAGAAUAUGGAUGAAGCACACAGCAGCCCUGGAUUGCAUGCUGCAGCUGGAUCUGGUCUUGCAGAAGAAUGUGCGACUCUGGGUGGAUGUCGAACAGGGAUGGCUAAAGUUACCAAUGCAUAUGACCUUCCCGCUAGGAGAAUUAUCCACACCGUUGGCCCCAAAUAUGCUGUAAAGUACCAUACUGCUGCUGAGAAUGCUUUAAGUCAUUGCUAUCGUUCUUGUCUGGAGCUUCUAGUUGACAGUGGACUUAGAAGCAUUGCUAUGGGAUGUAUUUAUACGGAGGCAAAGAACUAUCCCCGAGAACCUGCUGCUCAUGUAGCUAUAAGAACUGUGCGACGGUUCCUUGAAAAGCAAAAAAAUAACUUAACAGCUGUUGUAUUUUGCACUACUAGCACAACUGAUACUGAAAUAUAUAAAAGGCUGCUUCCACUUUACUUUCCUCGGGAUAAACAUGAGGAGCAAGUUGCAUUGUCAAAACUUCCUGCAGAUGUUGGGGAUGAAAAUGGCGAGACCAUCAUAGAUGAGCGUAAAAUCAGAAUAAAGCCUUUGCCUAAAAAAAGUGUUUCAAGACCAUCCGAUGAUGCAGUUGAUCUUCCUGUCAGUGAUAUUGGGCUAGUUCAAAAGAAAUCACCAAAUUUAGAUUCAUAUUUAGAUCCCGCCUUUAUGUCGUUGAUUAAAGACCCUGAUCAAAGGCGUCUGGAGCAGUGGGAGAAAACUGCUGAAGCACAAAGAGGCUUUAAUUGUGCUAAAUUACUUGGAUACGGCGACCUUGAGGGGCCUCCAUUGUCUGCUGCCGAAGAAUAUUCUCUUCACUCUAGAUACCUUUCUAAAGCAAAUUCCUUAAAUCUUUCUGAAAUUGCAGAAAUGAAAAUUGUUUAUCGUGGAGGGGUAGACAGUGAGGGUCGUCCUGUCAUGGUUGUUGUGGGGGCUCACUUCUUGCUCAGAUGUCUUGAUCUGGAACGAUUUGUGUUAUAUGUGGUAAAGGAGUUCGAGGCUUUAAUACAAAAACCUUAUACUAUUGUCUACUUCCACUCUGCCGCAUCUCUGCAAGUGCAGCCAGACCUGGGUUGGAUGAAAAGAUUGCAACAGAUACUUGGUCGGAAGCAUCAGCGCAAUCUGCAUGCAAUAUAUGUGCUUCAUCCAACUUUUGGACUAAAAGCAGCAGUCCUUGCACUUCAAAUGGUUGUUGACAAUGAGGUUUGGAAGAAAGUGGUAUAUGUUGAUCGACUUCUGCAGCUCUUUAGAUAUGUACCUCGUGAACAGUUGACCAUCCCUGAUUUUGUGUUUCAGCAUGAUUUGGAAGUGAAUGGAGGGAAGGGUGUCAUUGCAGAUCCCAGAACAAAAUUUGUGUAUGAUAAACCGUGA